AUGAAUACUGCAUUUGAAGCUUACUUGACAGAGAUAAAGUGUUAUUAUGAAGAGAAAAUGUAUGAAAAUGUAGAUGAUUUAAAGACGCUGAUCAAUUCAUCGCAUUCGAAAUUAAGAGAAAUAAUUUCAUCACAGAAAGUCAAUGAGUUCAAAACUGGACUAUACAGAAAUUACCCUAGAUCUUCAGAACAGAAUGUGCCGAAUACAUUUGGAUCUACAAAAUCUGGAUAUUUCAGUCGACCACUAAGCCUGCGUUCUGUUUCGAACUUAAAUUCAAAUUAUGAAAGAAGAAAUAACAACUCUUCCUUGUACCAGAACAGCUUAUGGAAUUCAACCACACGAUCUGUUCAUACUCCAUUAGCAGAAAUAAUCAACCAUAACAAUAAAAUCUCUCUAGCUAACCGAAACCAGAGAAAUAAAGAGGAAUCCCCGAUCAUAGUGAAAGAAGUUAAGAUAUCUUCAUAUUCUCCGCCUCCAAAAAGAGAGUUUCCUCGCGCAUGCAAACAAAACUAUACGCAGAGAUGCACACAGUUGAAUUUUAAAAGGAAAAUCAGAACUCCAAAUUUACAAACAAAGCAAUCAAAGAGAUCUGCAAAUAUGAAGAACUCAUUUUUAUCAAAUGUAAAGGAUAGUAAAAUGACACCUACGAGAAACAGACAACUACAUGUGAAUACAGCAAAGGCUGAAACGGCUACGUCAUCGCCAUAUCUAACUCUAUAUGAAGCAACAAUGGCAGAAGAAUUUACUUUUGUUUAGUUUAAAAUUAAA